CAGCAUUUAUGGAACAUGCCCGCGGGGAAGGCCGUGGAUCAUAUAUCUGGGGGAGGUCUAUCCAUAAUGUUCGCAUUGAGCGCCUAUGGCUACACCAUGGCUUGGAUGCUUCAAAUGUAAAUCAUAUAUGGCUUCUUCAACAUCUUUUCCUUGCAACAAUCAACGAGCAUCUAUCUUUUUGGGCUGAAUCAUGGAACAAUCAUCGUAUUUCCCAGCGCAAUGCACCAUCCCGAUCUCCAGAAGAUAUGUUUGGGUUUGACAUGAUUACUAAUGGUUUGCGGGGAGAAUCCUUAGAUGAGGUUGCAAUGACUGAUGAGGAGCUCGAGGUUUUUGGUUUAGAUUGGGAGGGACUGAGGGACGAAGCACUGUUACGAUCUUUGAGGAGGAAUUAUAGCAAUGAGGGCUCUAGCUCAUGGCUUGGACAACGGGGACCACCACCUGAAUUAAACCAGGUUGUAGUCAAUCCACCGCCUGAUUUGUUCAUGCCAGAGCAACUUGCUCAUAUGGACGAACAACUUCAGGGGUUUGCACGUGGACCACAGGUGGAAGAUGUGGUGCAUUUAUGGACUACCGCCCUUGCAAUUGCAAGAUCUACAAGUAGUAACUUAUUCUAGCUUUUACCUAUC